AUGGUUUCUUUAUCCGAAGUGCGAGCUGCGAAUGCCCAGCUCGUCAAAUGCUCACCGGGAGGAGUUUAUGUCUUCGUCGGAGCAACGAGCGGAAUCGGGGAGAAUGCUUUGCGCAAGUUUGCCCGCCUUGCUGCAAAGCCGCGGGUGUAUAUUGUAGGGCGAAAUCUCGUCGUGGGAGAGUCUCUUUUGCGAGACCUGCGCGAGUCCAACCCAGAUGGCGAGUUUAUCUUCAUUCACAAGGACAUCUCUCUUGUGAAGGAUGCGGAAGACGUUUGCGCAGAGAUCGCUAGCAAAGAAACCAGAUUGGACUUGCUAUUUCUAUCAGCGGGUUAUUUCCCCUGGGAUGGUCGACAAGACACCGUUGAAGGGUUGGAUGCCGCUAUGGCUACCCGUUAUUACACGCGGAUCCUUCUGGCCAAACGUCUUGCCCGGCUUCUUGAAGCAUCUCCAGCAGGAAGAGUUGUCAGCGUUCUUUACGCAACCGGUUCCACUCGUCUUGUGGAGACAGACUUGGGGCUUGAAAGCCCAGAAAAUUACAGCAUGAUGAAGGCUGGAGUUGGAACGGCGACGAUGAACUCUCUUGCACUGCACCAUUUAGCUACAUUACAUCCUCGGGUUUCGUUCGUACAUACCUACCCGGGCGUUGUUCGGACGAAAGGAUGGGCGAACGGUGGUCGUAGUUUCGUUGGUCUGGUUGUGAAAUAUGUUCUAGCUCCGCUGACAUGGCCUUUUGCGUUAAGCGUCGAUGAAGCUGGAGACAGGGCUUUAUAUACCACUAUCUCUGAGCAGAACAGAGUGGACGGGUCUGGUGCCAGUCAAGUAAUUCUAGUCAACUGGAAUAAUGAUACAGUCCAGCCUGAUAGACUGACCAGGGAGUACAUGACGAGCGAAAUGCUUGGGAAGGUUUGGGACCACACAGAAGCAACUUUGAAGUCAAUUUUAGAAAAAUAA